CACAUUUCUAAGCAUGAGAGGUUUCAAUAUUGUUGGAAUAGUUGGAGUGCUCGCCCUCCUUGUCAGUGUGACGGCUUCGUCAGGAGAGGAGACUACCACUGAUGAGACUACCAUUGAUGAUACCACUACAGAUGAAUCUACCACUGAGGAGGCAACAACAGAUAUUCCUACCACAACUCUGCCACCUCCCGUCCUUUGUGCUGAGGGAGAAUUAUUUUUACCGGCACCAGACUGUCGUCAGUAUUAUCAAUGUCUUUACGGAGAGGGAAUUUUGAAAAUAUGCCCAGACGACCUCUAUUGGGAUCGGGAGCUAAACGUGUGCGCCUGGGACUCCCAGUAUUGUACUGAUGAGGGAAUCAAGACUACUGAGUCACCGGCAUUGAGUUGCGCAUCUGGCCUACCAUUUUUACCUUAUCCGCCCGAUUGUACUAAAUUUAUUCAGUGUGUCUAUAACAUCGGGAUUAGACUCAGCUGCCCAGGUGGACUGUUCUGGAACCAACCUCUUCAGUCUUGUGACUAUACCUGCGACAAUGAAGUCAAGUUCUCCGAUGUCUUCCAGGUGCAAUAACCGCCAAUAUAUACUCUAGUAUUUUGUAACACCCACAAUAAAUGAACAUUCAUACUAAAAAAUGAAAAAA